UACCCUCCCCCCGCCCCUGUCAGCCCAGCGGUCCCAAGGCGCUAGGUCGCCCCUAGCCCCUUCCCUCCUCCCAUCCUUCUCAGUCCCACCCUCCUUAGCUUUGUGCCUGGGGCGCCGAGCCGCUUUCCCUCUCAGCCGCGCCUGUGGAGGAGGGAUCCACUACAGAGGAGCUGCAGCUCGCUGCCCUGGGCAGGGGCACAGGCUUAUGUCAUAUUUUUAUUCUUGAGAGACUUCAUCAUGCAGUGGAAAGAGCUUGAACUUUGGAGUAAUACAGCCUUGAGAUUGAAUUCUGGCUCUGCCACUUACUAGCUCUGUUCCCUAAUCACAAGCAAAGCAAUGUCUUACUACCUCAACUCAGAAAACCACCUGGACCCAGGGCCCAUCUAUGUGCGAGAGAAUGGGCAGCUGCACAUGGUCAAUUUGGCCUUGGAUGGUGUCAGAAGUAGCCUCCAGAAACCAAGGCCUUUCCGACUGUUUCCCAAAGGCUUUUCUGUGGAGUUAUGCAUGAACAGGGAAGACGAUACUGCGCAGAAAGAGAAGACUGAUCAUUUCAUCUUCACAUAUACCCGGGAGGGGAAUCUUCGAUACUCCGCAAAAUCCCUCUUCAGCCUGGUCCUGGGCUUCAUCUCCGACAACGUCGAUCACAUUGAUUCCCUUAUUGGCUUUCCUGAGCAGAUUGCUGAAAAGCUGUUCUCUGCUGCCGAAGCCAGACAGAAAUUCACAGAGCCUGGUGCAGGGCUGAGAGCUUUACAGAAAUUCACGGAGGCCUAUGGAAGCCUGGUGCUUUGCUCCCUGUGUUUGCGAAACAGAUAUCUGGUGAUUUCAGAAAAACUUGAGGAGAUUAAGUCUUUCCGGGAGUUGACCUGCCUGGAUCUUUCCUGUUGCAAGCUUGGAGAUGAGCAUGAACUUCUAGAACAUCUCACCAAUGAGGCCCUAUCUAGUGUAACUCAGCUCCACCUGAAGGAUAAUUGUUUAUCCGAUGCCGGGGUACGGAAAAUGACAGCGCCUGUUCGAGUGAUGAACAGAGGCCUUGAAAAUCUAACGUUACUAGACUUAUCUUGUAACCCCGAGAUCACAGAUGCAGGAAUCGGAUACCUCUUUUCUUUUAGAAAACUAAACUGCUUAGAUAUCUCUGGGACAGGGCUUAAGGACGUCAAAGCUGUCAAACACAAGCUCCAGACACACAUAGGCCUUGUCCACUCCAAAGUGCCUUUGAAGGAGUUCGAUCACAGUAACUGCAAGACUGAGGGCUGGGCCGACCAGAUUGUUCUGCAGUGGGAGCGUGUGACUUCGGAAGCUGUGAAGCCAGGACAAGCCUUAGAACCUCGAAAGGCAGCUCAGCACUUCUAUGGGAAGCGGGCGCGAACAGAAACCCCGGUGAAGUGUCCCCUGGCAGACCCCCACGUGAACUCUUCUGAGAAACUUCAGUUCUAUAGAGAGAAAGCCCCAGACUGCCACGGGCCAUUGUUGAAACGUGAAGCUAUCUCAAGCCAGGAGUCAAAGAAGACCAAGAAGAGAGGUUUUGAGGAGCCAGAAAAGGAACAGAGUAAUUCUUCACAGUCUUCAACGCAGAAAUACGUGUGUCUUGCUGUGGAAGACUGGGACUUGUUAAAUUCCUAUUGAUUGGCAGAAGUUGACCGUUUUCCCCCCAACUCUAAUGUAUGAGGAAAGGGGGCUGAUGUUUUUUCUUUUUUGUUUGAAUUUACCUAUGACAUUAGUAUAGCAGGCAGAUAUUUCUACUUUUGUGGUGGGGGAGGGGAAUGCUAUGGAAGUAUGUAAUAAUUUCUAAUGUAUAUUUUCAAUACAUAGUAAUUUUUUCAAAUAAACAUUUUUUGCUGUCUUUAA